AUGUUGAUAUUGCAAAAAUUGAUGGGUAGAAAUAAUUUUAGAAAUUACUUUUUAAAAAUAAUUUAUAUUAGAUGUUUUGCUGAUUUUUCAAGAGUUGGAGGCCGGCAACAAGUUUCCUUAGUUGAUGAAUGUAUUGAAUACGCAACUAUUAUACAUGAAUUUAUGCAUGUUAUAGGAUUUAUUCAUGAACAUCAACGUGAAGACAGAGACGGUUUUGUACGUAUUGUGUGGGAAAAUGUAAUUGAUGGCGCAAAUGCUGAUUUUGAAAAAUUAAGUUCAAUGGGAUUAAGUAAUUACGGAGAACGUUAUGAUUAUUUUUCUAUUAUGCAUUAUGAAAAUACUGAAGGAAGUAAAAAUGGUAGGCCAACUAUAGUUGCUAAUGUACCUGAAUAUAGUGCAUUAAUGGGGAAAUCGAUGGAUUUUACUCAGGGUGAUCUAAAUCGUGUAAACAGAGCCUAUAAAUGUUAUCAAUAUCUCAAAACAAACAACGAGGCAUUAAAUCAACAUCAAAAUGUUGAAGACCAAGCGGCUAUUUUUAGGCGUUUUUGGACUAAACAGCAAUAUCUUAAUCGGAUAGAAAGAUUAAAUAUAAAAAAUAAAAGUUAA